CUUAUUUAGAGGUAUUCAUUUCCACUUCGUCUCAGUAGCGUCGUUAAUGUGGUCGAAGGAACACCAUGGAGUUGAGAAUAUGUUUCAGCUAUUCUUUCUACAAGAUUCUCGCCCUGUGCUGCUUUUUGACCAUCGUGCUUUUUCUAGUAUAUCCAUCGAAUACGUCUUCGAAUGCAAAUCAUAAUUUAUAUCCGCCUACCACGCGAUUUUCUCGAGUUUCGAUUAAGACUGAACCGCAGAAAUUCUUUGUGAAAACAUCCAAGUGCCAUAUUCCCUAUGUGGAUCCUUUCAACGACGAGGCCAUGGAGUUGUACAAACCGCAAACACUAGUCACCUGCUCGAAUGAGACCGAUCUCAUAUCAACGACAUACAAUAAAAUUAUCAAACGGCAUUUUCUGCACAUCGACGAUGAAGUCGCUCAUAAAUUGCUUAAUUUCACAGACAAGGACUAUAAUUGCUUUUACCGCGAAAUCGAAUAUGGAAAGCGUGCAGAUACCUACGACAAUCUCAAGGCCAAAAAAUAUUUCACGAGUGGUUACGAGGUCCCAGUUCAUGUGGAGGGAAUAAUCGUCGAGUGCCAGACUGCAGAGGAUCCGAUUGUUGUCCUUCAGAAGGAUGCCUUUGCCUUCAUCCAGCAUCGGCCGCUGCCCAAGGAUCUCAUAAAACCCAGGGCAGCUCGAAAGCCAAGCGUGAUUAUGUACGGUAUCGACUCUCUUUCCCGAAUAAACUUACGACGCACUAUGCCCAAGGUUUUUAACUUUCUACGGGGCCCAGGAUGGUACGAGAUGCAAGGAUACAAUAAGGUUGCCGACAACUCAUUUCCCAACAUACUCGCUAUACUCAGUGGAUAUUCUGCUAGUACGGCCAAGGAAAAUGUGUGCGAUACGGACAAGGAGGGCUGCUUUGACGAGAUGCCGAUGAUAUGGAAGUAUUUCAAGAACGCCAGCUAUUUGACAGGAUACGCGGAGGACGAGAGUAACUCGAAUCAUUUCAACUACAUGAAGCCCGGCUUCACCAAAAAGCCCAUGGACUACUACUUUCGCCCAUUGCUCAGAGCACUGGAGUCCGAAAUGGAUGUGUACCGAUUGCCGGAACAUGACUACAUGCGAUACUGCCUGGGUCGCAGGAUAGCGAAUCGUUAUAUCUACGACUAUGGCCUACAGUUCACGAAGCGUUUUGUUCACGAUCGACCCAUUUGGGGAAUGUUUUGGUCGAAUCACUUCAGUCACGACGAUACCUUCAUGCCAUCAGCAAUGCAGGAAAAGGUGCUGGGAGAUCUGCUCGAUAUGCAUGCGGAUGGGGAAUUCGAGGAGAUGAUAAUGAUAUUUUUCGCCGACCACGGAACCAGAUUUGGUAAGUUGACCACUCUGAAGGAGGGCUUUCUGGAGGAGCGGCUGCCCAUGAUGUUUAUAUAUCUGCCUCCGUGGUUCCGUGAAACAUAUCCAUCUUAUGCAAGGGCACUGGAGUUAAAUCAACACAGGCUUAGUUCCAACUUUGACCUCCACAACACGCUGAAACAUAUCAUCGAGAUCGGAGGCACCCCAGAUGGUCGAGAGCUACCCAAGUCCUUCGACUGCCCCACCUGCCAGUCGCUAUUCUAUCCCCUGCCGGAGGGUCGAACCUGUUCGCAAGCGGGCAUUGAGGAGCACUGGUGCACCUGCGAACCCUUCAAGCGCAUCUCGGGACAGGGUUGGACGACUCCUAUUGCCCACAGUGUGAUCGAUCGAAUGAACGAGUAUUUCGUUCAAAAGAACUUAACCAGUCUUUGCAGUAAUCUGACGCUAGAUUAUGUCCAUAAUACUGAGAUAAAAACGGGUCUGAACAUCGAUUGGCACCAACCCCUGAUGGAAUCGGAAACAGCGGUUUAUCGUGUUAAGUUUAAAGUGAAGCAGAAUAGUGCUGACUUCCAGGCCACAGUGGUAUACCAUAAUUCCACCCAAAGGGCCGAAGUAAAUGUUGAGAAAAUCAGCAGAACGAAUUCCUACAAAGAAGACUCCACAUGCAUCGAUGAUAAGCUCGCAAAACUAUAUUGUAUUUGCUUAAGUGACCUCCACUGAUUCAGUCUCUCAUGUUCAAAAUAAAGUUUAAGUUUAAAGCUCCUUA